UUUCUUCAUCUACUUCCAUUACUCAAAAUGAUUCUUCAAUCCAACAUGUUACAUGACAAUUGGUAGCAAUGAUGGUUUGUUUUCAAUUCAUUGGAAGCAUUCUUUUUCUUCAUGACCACCUUUUAAUUGAAUGGUUAUUAUUGAUCUUCAAUUAUUGCAAAUUUACAUAAACAAGAAGAAAAAAAAAAGAGGAUUUUUAUAGGAAAAAAGUAAAAGGGUUGAAUUGAUUCACCGUGCAGCUAUUGUAGAGAAUUCAGACGUUGUUCAAAAAGAAAAAUGGAGAAUAAUAUGGAGAAUGAGCAAUAUUGGUGUAGCAUAUGCUCUAAAAUGGUUAGUCCAAUGAAUGAAUUUGAAAACAAAUGUCCAUUUUGUGAUACAGAAUUUGGUGAAGUAAUGGAAAAUUUAAGGGACCAUAAUAAUAAUAAUAAUAAUACUAAUAUUAAUAAUAUUAAUGAUGCUAUUGAUUUAAGGUCAGCUUGGGUUUUCUCACUUUAUGCACCAAUUUUUCUUGGUUUGAUGAAUGCUUUUGGCCCUUCACUAACUACAAUUGCUUCACAAGAAAUUGGUAGUAGCAUCUCAAGAGAAGAUGAAAAUGAAGAGUUUGAACAAGAAAGAGGAAAUGAACUUGUUCUUGGAAGAACAAGAACAAGGACUUCAACUUAUAUGAUGCAUCUCUUUAGAGGCCUUCAAGUUAGAAUGGUUUCACAAUCUCAAAACAUAGAACACAAUAGGAACAACAAUGAUAAUAAUAAUAAUAAUGGUAACAAUAAUAAUAGUAUACUUGUUAUUGAUCCAUUCAAUGAAGGUGCAUUAAUUGUGAGAGGUCCUAAUUUGAAUCACACAAAUAGGAUUAAUGAAAAUACUAGUGUUGGAUCUUUGAAUGAUUUUGUGGAUGGGUCAGGAUUUGAUUUAUUGUUACAACAUUUGGCACAAAUUAGUCCUAGUGGAUAUGCAAGUAUUAACCCUCCAACAAAAAAGGAAGCAAUUGAAGCAAUGGAAAAUGUGACUAAUGAUGAAAAAUUGCAAUGUACUAUAUGUUUGGAGGAUGUUGAAAUUGGAAGUGUAGCUAAAGAAAUGCCAUGCAAGCACAAAUUUCAUAGUGAUUGCAUUGUGUCAUGGCUUAAACUCCAUAGUUCUUGUCCAAUUUGUAGGUUUCAAAUGCCUUGUGAGGAUUCAAAUGUUUUGGCUAAUUUGGAAAAUGGAAAUAGGGAUAAUGAUGAUAAUAAUAAUAAUGAGGUUUUUAGAGGUAGAGGAGAAAGGGGUAGAAAUGGAAGAAGGAAUUGGUUUCCUGUGCUUCAAUCAUUUAAUAAUUUCCUUCCUUUUCCUUGAUUAAGUAUACUUUGAUGGAGUUGGAAUUAGACAUCAAGAGUUACCAUCUUGACAUGUCAUGCUAAGGAUUUAUUUCAAAUUGUAUAUAUGUUUUUAGAUUGUAUAGU